CCUGCCACCAAAAUGUUUGACACUGUUCUUCAAAUCCCUGCGUCUUUCUAAUAGCGAGAAGCAUCCCUUCAGUUUCAACUCUUGUUGGUGUUUUCACUCGUUUUUCUGGUUUCACAUCCUGUUUAGGAUUACUAGUUUUCUAGUCAUCAUUACAAAAAGAAAAACAAUUUUUUUGGGUCUGUUUCCCUACUGAUUCUUGUCUACACAGAAAACAGUAUUUGUUCAUUGUGAUCAAUGAAAUAAAUAACAAAAUGUGCAUAUUAAACUUUUAAUACCUUUUCUAUUCAUCACUAUUAAAAUAAUACAAAAAUAUCUCGGUGUUUACCUGUUGAUGGCUGCCCUUUGACAUAUACAAAAUAGCCUUUGUUUUAGUGACCAAUACAAAAAAGAGUAGAUUGCAUGCUUCAGCUCCACUUUGCCGUUGCUCUUGACAUCAAGACAAUCCCUUUUCUGGUGAUAAAUAAUAAAAAAAUUCCGUUUGUGUUUCACUUCACUGCUGUUCUUUUAUCUGGCUUUGUGACUUGGUUGUUGUGUUCUUGUCAUAUCUAAACUUAAUUUCCUUUUCCACUAAUCAAUAGUAAAAACAAAAAUAAAAUAAAACAAGAAACAUUGGCUUCUCCCUUUGUUGUUUCAUGUUUGUAACUUGCUUGCUUUUCUAGUUACCAGAUCCACCAAAAAGACCACCCAAGAUCAUUUACUUCUCCCACCACAGAGAUUUUUCAAGUAAAUCUUGUUGAUCAGAUCGAUCAUCUCUUGACAUUCAUAUUACAGACAUAUUGUGCUACAUUCUACCACAAGUGUUAUCACAGGACCAUACAAGGAAGUUAAUGUGCAGCUGUCCAGCCAAAUCAAAGGGAAUUAAUACUUAUUUGGCAGCCUUCAUCUUAACAGUUAUUUCUUGGUGAUCUAAGAUCAUGUUUGCGCUAUUCACAAUCUAAAGCUUCUCGGAAGGCCAGAGCUGAGAGGUUUAUUCUGUCCAAACUAUACAGUUUGGUAUAGUAGUGAACAUAAGUUAUGGCAUCAUCCUCAUGGAGAUAUUGGACUGAUCAUGACCGGAAAAAAUGGCGGGAUGCCCUCACAGAUAAAGAUUUUUGGCUGUAUGGAUACGAAGGCACGGUGGAAUAUUAUAACUCCUUAGUCAUUCUUGCCAUAUCCCCCGCGGGUAAAGGCUUGACCUGGAACGUAGGUGUGGGGCCCAAGGCAUCAUUUACACAGGCCAUAACGAACCACAUCUUUUCUGUGAGAAACUGUAUGUAUGGUGGGUAUAAACACAUGAUAAAAGUGGAUCUGAAUCCGACACCCACAUCCGAUGAAGCCCUAGGAGGUGGCAUCACGAGCAUCAAGUACAAGAUUGCUGUCGCUGCGGCAAAGGAGCUCGGGCUCCUCGACCAAGAAUACAACAGGCUCGAAGAAAGGAAUGAAGAGCUACUGUACUACUCCUAUGGCGACUUUGACCAGGAUACCUCUCGAGAAUUGGAAAGUUAUGUGAAGAACAAAAUUGUUCCUCGGAUCAUCAAGCAGUUGUCAACAGAGAAGUAUUUUCUAAUGGUCGAGAACCUCCAGUUGCCCAUUGAGCUUGGUAGUUUCACAUUGGAUGUUGGGCUUCCACCGCCCACUUGGGCAGAUUCUUGUUGGUUCAUCUCAACCACUUCUCAUGAUGCCUACAACGAGAGCAAGUCAAAAGAUGAUAUACUUAUCUCCAUUAACGAAGAUGACUUUGUAAUGGUACUUAUCAUAUACUCAAUGCUUCAUUCAGCCUAUGACAUACUCAACAAGACUCAUCAAGAACAUGAGGAUUGGUUUGACAUUGCCCUCAAUUGCUUCCACUAUGCCAUAACAGUAUUUGCGCAAUAUUCACCGUGGAUUUUUACCUCGGAUGAGCUCAUUCACCACUGGACCGCCCUAGGUAUCCUGCCUGGUUUCACCAUCAAGGAAGAAGAAGAAAUUGGGACCUACAUAAGCAAGUGUGCCUAUAUGGAGCAAGUUGGGACGGUCAUCCUUGAAGUUUUUGAGAAAUACUCUUUGUUGCAGCUACCAUUUUCUCAUGCAAAUGAAGCUUAUGAAGCCACCAGUACCAGCGCACAGUUCUUAGCAUACCAUGGCCUCGUUGCAAAAGGCAUCACAGUUGAUGAACUCUUGGAAAACAAGAAGAAAUGGAUUUCAUUCGUUGGUGACCAUGGAUGGCAUGUAAGCCUGGAAUGGUUGAACCCAGAGGAAACAAAGGGGACACAUGCACUUAUUCUAAGAGGCUGCCAUACAUCGCCCAUUCUUUCCAAGCUGGACAAUUUCUUGUCCGAACUUCCGUUUCUUCGUGUUCUUGAUCUCUCAUAUACUCCAACAAAAACACUCCCUUCUUCCAUCGGUUGCCUACUGAACCUUCGGCUACUUGCACUUAGAGGCUGCCAUGAUCUCAAAAGCCUUUCCAGUUCAUCCGCAACAAGUGCCACAGACUCACCAACAAAUAUAAGCUCAUCAUCACCAUUGUCCACUCUAUACCAACUUGAAAUUCUUGAUAUGAAUGGAGCUCCUUUUUCUCAUCUGACACAAGAUAUGGCCAGCCAAAUGAGCAAUUUGAUAUACCUUGACAUGUCCUAUUCAUUAAUCACUACUUUUCCUCCCAAUUUUUUCAAGGAUGUGUCUAAUCUCGAAGAGCUUAUUCUUGUCAGCUGCUCCAACCUUGUGGAGCUACCUCCUUCCAUGGCUCUGUUAUCCACCUUAACAACCCUUGAGAUUAGUGGGAGUCAAAUAAAAUACUUCCCACAAAAGAUGUUUGAAGAAAUGUUGAAGCUACAUUCGAUCAAGCUCAUUGACAACAAGGAAUUGAUUUCACUUACAGGACCAAUAUCGAGUGACCAAGGAAUCAAAUUGGAAGGGCAAACUAACCUUGUAUCCUUCGUUUUGAUAGGCGCAUCUCACAUAAGGUGCUUGUCUUUACGUGGAUGUAGAAAACUUGAGUCUAUUGAGAUCAAGGAUCUUGGAGCUUUGGAGGAAAUUGAUUUGCCUUGUACAGCUAUCAUGGAGUUUCCUGUAGAUAUCAUUAAUUCCACCCAGCUUAGGCGAUUGCUCCUGCAGGGUGUUCCUUCUCUGAGGAGAUUUCCGUGGCAUAAGCUAGAGCGACUCCCAGAUGUGUUUUACUUGGAUCAGUGCACAGAAGGAGAUGGUAAUUACUCUGAUGAAAUUUGCCAAGUGUGUGUUAGUGACCCCAGUUUCUUCCUUAGCUUUCGUGAUUCUGUCGUGGACUUAGUGGAAGAUGGAUGGUUUUUUCAAUCAUUCUAUGUUAGAGUCGCACCAUGCAAUUCACAUAGCAGACAACAACAAGAUGAAGAAGACAUGCUAGAUAGCAAGUUGCAGCUGUUUGUGCAGAAUCAAUCGACAUAUGUUGAUGCAUAUAGCAGUUGCUAUGCAGAGGAAAUCAGAAUUGAGUCGCCAGUUACAGUCCCGUUUCACCGAACCGAGCGCCAUGUAGAGAUCACAGGGAUGAAAGACCCAACUAUUGGUUUAUGUGAUCUUCUGAAUGUCACCACAUCAAUAUCAGUGACAUGUGAUACUUCUAUGGAAUAUUUUUCUGACUUGAGCGGUCAUGGUGAGUCAGAAGAAUGUGAGCUUCGUUGGUGCCAUAAUAUGAAAGGAGUUUUCAGAUUUUGGACUUCUGCGGAAAAUCUGCGGAAUAUGCAUAUCUAUAACAUGAAAAGUCUUGUUAGCUUCUGCUCGCAACAUGAGGCGGACUUCAAAUUACUAGCACACCUGCACUUGGAGGACUGCCCAAGAUUAGAGUACAUGGUGACACACGCAACAACACUACCAUGUCUCAAGAUACUUGCCAUCUUGUUUUGCUACAAUAUGAAGACAAUUUUCACCAGCAAUGAUAUGAAAGAUGAUACUUAUCAACUCCCAAGCCUACAAAAGAUACGUCUCCAGGAGUUGCCAUUGCUCCAAAACUUCCACAGUAAUGAUGUCACCAUUACAGCGCCGGUGUGGAAGGAGCUCCAGCUCCGGGGGUGCUGGAGUCUUCGACGCCUCCCGCGCCUACAAGGUCAACCAAAGAUGGUGAAGGUGAACGGUGAGAGGAGCUGGUGGGGAAAGCUCCAGUGGGGUUCACUGUUGCACCGUGACAACUACGAGCCCAAGCUUCCUCCGAAGUUGGCCUCCUUCAACAAGCGUGCUGAGAUGAGCAGCUACCUCAGAUGA